GUCGUUCACCUUUUCUGGGCGCAAAGACAUUGUUAGUUCGGGUUACUUCGAUCAUUAGCUAGCAAUGAGACUCAAGUUUAAAUGCGUUUUGUUUUUCUUCAUAAUAUCAACUUUGUCGUUUUUGUUUUUUAAUUCGCUUUUAUCAUGGAAGUAUAAGUUCAUCGUUAAACCGUACGAACUGAUUUCGCUUCAGUUCGCUGCAAACACUGAUUACGAUAAUAAAACUGUUGCUGCAACGUCAUAUCCAAUACGCCCAAGAAAGAAGAUAUUGAUUUACACUCCGCUGUUUGGUGUUACGCCAUGGUGGUAUAUUCCAUACAAUUACAAUUUCAAAAACUUUGAUGGAAAAAUGUGUCCAGUUCACGACUGCAAUGUAACAUACAGUAAAGACGAGCUUCCAAGCAGCGAUAUGGUAGUUUUCUAUGGGCGAGAUCUCCCUAAUCUGAAUCAUCUUAAAGAAAUUUCAAGAACACGACGCCCACCUCAUCAAAUUUGGCUUUUCUACAUGCAUGAAAGCCCUAUAUUUUCUUAUGGGGAUACAACAGCCUACAGCGGCUUAUUCAACUGGACUGCAACUUACAGACAUGAUUCCGACAUUACUGUAACAUAUCAUUUCUACUUUCCGCUCGAAAAUGAAGACGAACGGCCACAGCUCGGCCAAAAUUUUGCAGCAGGUAAAGGCAAGUUGAUCACAUGGAUGAACUCGCAUUGCGAUAGUGACAGAAUUAAGUUUGUAACCAAGUUACGAGAGCACGCAAAAUUGGAUGUGUAUGGUGGUUGUUCAAGACACUUCCGGCCGCAAACUCCUAAUUGCCCAAGAAAAAGCAAACAGUGCACAGAAAUCAUGCAGCAAUAUAAAUUCUUCCUUGCUUUUGAGAACAGUUUUUGCAAGGAUUACAUUACAGAGAAAUAUUGGCUGAACGGUCUGGAGGCUGGCUUGGUUCCAGUUGUUAUUGGAUAUGGGGAUUAUUACAAUGAAAAACUUGCAGUCCCUGGAUCAUUUGUUGAUGUACAAAAGUUUGAAAGUCUCCAGAAACUGGCCAGUUAUCUUGACUAUCUGGAUAAGAAUGACACUGCCUACAAUGAAUAUCACAAAUGGAGAUAUAAUUAUAAACUCAAGAAUCACCAUUGCAUGUGUGAAUUUUGUAAAGCUGCCCAGGAAUUGAAGUUACCCCCGAAAACGAUCGACCUCGAGGAAUUUUGGGGCAAGAAAACUUGUGACUUGGAAAAGAAACCUUUGCAGUCCAUAAUAUCUAGAAGCUGAAAUUUCAAAUCUUUAAUAACGAAUGUUUUCCUCUCACAUUAUUUUAAGAAUAUGUUAUUCGAUCAUUUGAAAUGUUCAGGCCUGAUAUAUUAUCACGAAGGGCAAAAGCCAAAGACAGAUAAGACAAUCUUGUUUCAACGGUUCAACUGUCGAUUUUUUUAACUACAUUCAAUAACCGUAGAAGAAAGUACUAAAGCUUAGCUUUUGAAAAGUGCGAAGCCCUUACAGUCGUGUCCUUAUUCUUCGUUCGAAACACAAUGUUUUUCGUUGCUCCCUUAAGUAUAAAAUGGUUUUAAUGUCAAGGGGCUGAUUGUCGACGGCUGUAAAUAAUCAUGACGUAAUGUGAAAAAUGCCUGUAAUUUACUGUAUUUUCGUGAUCUAUAGAAUACUUUUUAAUCGCUCUGAAAAAAGCAAGCAUUUUUCGACAUGAUUUACCUAAGGUUAAAAGCUGACUGUCAAGUGUAAAAUGUUUGCUUUUUUAGUAACAAUUUUCAAAUUUUGUACUCCCAAAUACUUUAAGUAUAUGUCAAAGGUACAUUGUCGUAUUUUAGGCAGCCUUAGCUAAAGCCAUUUUCCAAGAAAGCAUGGCUACAAACCCUAGGAAUAAGCCUUGGCAUUAAAGCCUUAUUGUAAAACAAAAUAGAAGAAGGCAAGAAGUAUGUAAAAAUUGCGAGAUUCUGCUGUAAUAAAUCUAUUUACUCUAGCUUUCCAUACAAUUAAAAAAUGUGGAUAA